UUAUUGGAGUAUAAAUAGCUCUUAGUUCCACUGCUUUGGCAAAAGACGGGCAGUGAUUCGAAUUUCAGUGUUUUGAUAUGGAACAAAAAGCCUUCAAACGUCCCUUUGUUAACUUGUUUUAUGUCUUUUUCCUGAGUCACCUGGUGUUUUGUCAACUUGAUUAUAGAUUCUAUGACAGUACUUGUCCCAGUCUCACAAGGAUUGUUAGAUAUGGUGUUUGGUCAGCCAUUGCUAACGAUACUCGGAUGGCGGCCUCUCUUGUUCGACUUCACUUCCAUGAUUGUUUUGUUAACGGAUGUGAUGCUUCAAUCUUACUUGAUGAUAUUGACUCAACAUUUGUGGGGGAAAAAACAGCAAGGUCUAAUCAAAACUCAGUAAGAGGCUAUGAGGUUAUUGACAAAAUUAAGGCUAAUGUUGAGAAAGCUUGCCCAUCAACUGUUUCUUGCACUGAUAUAUUAACUCUUGCAGCAAGAGAAGCUGCUAAUAUUGCAGGGGCAACGUAUUGGAUGGUACCGUUGGGUCGCCGAGACGGCCGAACAGCGAAUAAGACCGCAGCUAAUGAACUCCCAUCACCUUUUGAGUCCUUAGAUAACAUAAUUGCGAAGUUCAAUGCAAAGGGUCUUGAUACAAAGGAUGUGGUUGUUCUAUCAGGUGCUCACACCAUUGGCUUUGCUCAAUGUUUCACUUUCAAACAAAGGCUAUCCAACUUUGGUGGGUCAGGCAAGCCAGACCCAGAUCUUGAAGCAUCACUUCUCAAAGGCCUUCAAACUGUGUGUCCGGAUCAAGUAGAUUCAGACACCACUUUAGUUCCUUUAGACUCUGUUACAACUAACAGAUUCGACAACAGCUACUACAGAAACCUUGUCAACAGUUCUGGUCUUUUGCAGUCAGACCAUGUUCUGAGUACAGAUAAUAGAACUGCUUCAAUGGUGCUUAGCUACAGCAGAUACCCUUAUCUGUUUUUAAAAGAUUUUGGAGCAUCAAUGGUGAAGAUGGCCAACAUUGGUGUUCUAACGGGACAAGAUGGGGAGAUAAGGAAGAACUGCAAAGUAGUCAACUAGAUGCCUAAGACCUUGUUUUCUUUAAGGCAGCAAAUGAAGGGUUCUGCUUGGUUUGAAUGACAUAUUUGUAGGUUUCUAAAUGUGAACCACUGCAUGUAAAAAUAUAAGUUUGUAAAAAUGUGGUGAGUGCAUUUCGUGAUGUAAUUAUGGGGACCUUUCAAGGUCUAGUCUCAUCACCUCUGUUCAAAGCAAAUGGAAAUAAUUUGCAA